AUGUCUACCCGACCCAGUACAGCAUUUUCUAGCAUUUCGGGAUCAGCUGGAGAAACCUCUGCUCUAGCACUGUCAGCUAGAACCUGCUUUGUCCCACCGUUCAACAAGUGCUCCGUUGUCACAGAGUUUGAAGGUUUGUUUGGUGAUGACAUUACCAUUUGCCUUCCUACACACAAGCUACAAAUUGAGGAGUUUAAGCCUCAGCUACAAAACCUUGUAUCUCACUUCAACAUUGGAUACAAUGUGGAUGAUAUCACCAACACAGCUAAAGAGAUGGAGCUAUUCACUCUGGUUAUUCGGAAAUUCAGAAGCAUUUUCAGCAAGGGGCAAACCAUGAAGAGGUUUCUGGUUUACGAUGCUUUGGAGCCAGGAGCAGAAAACUGGGGAAUGAAAGGGCCGAGCAUGGCCCUGAUGAAAGAGGCAAACUGGAUUCCAUUCUUAAAGGUCAAACCAAAGCAAGACCCUUGGCAACAAAAGAUCAUGAGUAACCUGAAGCAACAGAAGUACAUUGAUGAGAUUUUACGAUUACACUCGCAGUUUUUUCAGGUGUCAGACCCAAACCGUGUGAUGGAUGCUCUUCGUCAGCACGCCAUGGCGGUGCAUGAGCCAUGUGCUGGGCAGUCACAGAUAUCGUAUCACUCAGGUCAACAUGCAAAUCAUAUAUGGAACCAAAUCUAUGGAAACGCCGAUCUCUAUGGGGAACAAAGGUAUGACGGUGGCAGCUCACCUGUGGACAUCGAUGAGGGGGAAACGGAAAACUUGCGCACAAGCAAACGGAUGGGCAGUGCAUUUUCUUCCAAGAAGAGCAAAGAUCAAGGCUACAACUACACCAGAACCAUGCAGCAACUAGGACUAGAUGAGGGGGACGAGGAGAGCACAAAAGACCCUGCGAUGACCCGGGGGGCUUACUUGUCCUUCCUGUUCUUGCGCCAUCUGAGAAUUGGAGAGCUUCAGCGAGUCUGUUUGGGGAUACUGAACUACUUCAGAUCUAUUGAACGAACCUUGACCAUCAAUACCUCAGGCCUGACCCUAAACUCGGGAAAGCUGAUUCACACAGCAGCAGAUACAUGCUGGAUCAACGCUGUGAAAGGUGGCUCAGCUACAGCUGAUGGCUUGGGCUCUCAUCAUUACCUUCAUAAUACACCAGCGGACUACAAGAGUCAUGUUGCUGCGUUUAUGGAGUUCUCGGAGAUUGAGAAUCUCGAUGAUUUCUACACAAUGCAGGAGAGUUACAUACACACCCAGGACCAGCGGGGGGUUUACAUAAUGUAUGAUGUGGCUCUGCAGGAUGUUAAGCAAUUAGAAAUGCAGCUGUUGCUUCUCGCGUCCCAAUACAUUGAGAAGGGCAAAGGUUGUGGAGCACACCAGAGACUUCCCUUUGCAGGAAGAUUGCAGUCUGGGAAUGUUGACCUUCCGAGCUGGGCACAUCUCUCAGUGGAUCGAUUCGCUGUUUUAUUUGAUCUGUGGAGCUGUGAAGCAGCUUACCUAGAGAAUAAACGACAGCUCCUGGACAGUUACUUCGAGGCCUAUCAGCAUGUUUGGGACCUGGAGGAGCGGUUUGCUUUGGCCCAAGUUAUUACAGACAUUAUGCACAAGCGCCCGCGGUUCGACUUGAGUGAUGAAUACUUUGUAAAAACUUAUGAAGCUGAGUAUACGUGUCUGAAACUUCACUUUCAGCUUAUAAGAGACAUUCUGAACAAACAGAUAGAUGAACAGCGGGAAUAUGUGAAGAGGAUUUGGAGAGAUGGACAGAUGGAGAAAGUCUCUGAAUUUGGGCUGCCCCUCAAUGUCAUCAAAAAACAACCAGUUGCCAUUAACAACAGCUGUCCUGCUUUGAAAAGGAUCUACUUGCUGGAGUUCCACCCAUCGUUGGCAUUGGCUUCACGUAUUCCGAAAGGUCUUGACCACGCCUACUGGGAGCUGUAUGACAUCCAUCAACCAAAGGUGGCCAAUGAGAGCAUCAUCCUUGAGAAACAAGUCCUGCAACUGGCCCUGGAGAAGUGGACAACCCUGGAAUCGCCCAAGGCUUCUUAUAGUCUGCAGGUUCAGAAGGAUUUAUUCUCGGAUGUGUUUAUUGAAGAUCCUCUCUUUGUGAGCGGUGUUGGGGUUUCUGCUAUGGAAGCUACAGACGAGGAUGAGAAAACCCAAGGUGGGCAAAGAUGGGUCCUCAUGUUGAACACGUUCUGCAGACUGCUGGAGAUCAUUACUCUCCGUCAUCGUUUGAUUGAGGUCUCUUCUGAAACUGCCCUGUUGGCAAGGCUAUACAAGUCUGUGUCAGUGGAAAUGGGCUUUGAUGAGUUCCACCUUUACUUGCGGCCAGUGCAGUUUGAAUUUGCAGCCCAUAAGGAGAAAGCUGAUCAGCCUCCUCCGGUGUUUAUCACAGCUCUGCUGGAAGAUGACAGCAAUGUUGAUAGGUACAUUCCCUCCAGUUUACAGUUAGGGAUUCAUGAGGUUGAUGAAAGCCAGAUAGGAAAGUUCAGUUUCCGCAGUAGGGAAGCAGUUCUGCAGCUGAUGGCCAGAGCUGGAGUGGAUAACAUACAGGUAGCCCUGGCCUGUCAGACUGUGCAGAAAAAUUCACUGAUUGCAGCAGUGCAGCAAGCUUUGUGCUGCCCUGUGGAGCAGGCUGUCCAUUCCACAGAACCCAAGGUACAGUGA